UGUGGGCUCCAGCCUAAGGACUCUUCUCUCGACCUCUUUCCCCUGUGGUUGGUGCUUCUCCUCAGAGCUGCCAGGAUGUGUGGAAGGUUCCUGAGGCAGCUGUUGGUGCAAGAGAGCCAGUGCUCGACCCCUGUGGGGCGCCUCCUGCUUCCUGUGCUCGUGGGAUUCCGCCUUGCUCUGCUGGCUGCCAGCGGACCCGGCGUCUACAGCGAUGAUCAGAGUGAAUUUGUGUGUCACACGCAGCAGCCAGGCUGCAAGGCUGCCUGCUAUGAUGCUUCCCACCCGCUUUCUCCACUACGGUUCUGGGCCUUCCACGUCAUCAUGGUGGCUGUACCCAGUGCCCUCUAUGUGGGGUUCACCUUGUGUCAUGCGAUUGAACACUGGGAAGAACCAGGAAAGGUGAAGAAGGAGGAAGAAACCCUGAUCCAUAAAGGGGACAGCUGCAGAGAUGCCUCAGGGACUGGAAGCCGCAAGAUACUCUGGGCCUAUGUGGCACAGCUGGGGGCUCGAGUGGUCCUUGAAGGGGCAGCCUUGGGGGGGCAGUACCAUCUGUAUGGGUUUAAGGUACCCAGUUCCUUUUCUUGUCGACGAGAUCCUUGCCUUGGCAGCAUAACCUGUAAUCUGUCCCGUCCCUCUGAGAAGACCAUCUUUCUAAAAACCAUGUUUGGGGUUAGUGGGCUUUGUCUUUUGUUUACCCUUUUGGAGCUUGUGCUUCUGGGUUUGGGGAGAUUGUGGAAGAGCCAGAAGCACAGAUUUUCCUCUUUUAACUGCUUCUCAAGUUCAAAGAGCACCAGAAGACACAAGGAACCAGCCAAUAACUUCCCAGUGGUGGAAACAAAAGAGUAGUUUUGAGAAGAAGGUGAGAAGGAUCCUAACCACCCUUUCCCUUGCUGCCCUAGUGUCUCUGUCCAAUAAUCUCUGCUCAGGGCAGGUCCCUCAUCCUUCCGGGAAGUGCACAUUCCACGUGUUAUAAAGUAGAUCAUCAGUUUCCGGGCAGAUGCAUUCUGACCACUCCCUGCAACUCAUCUCCUAGUGCCCUUCCCCGUCAAUUGGGUGGUUCUUUCCAGUGAGUAAGGAUGGCAGAGCGAAUCUGUUGCACUUCCUCCUUUUCUAUUUAGUUCUUUCUUCACUUAGGAAAAAUCUCAGCUUUUGCUUGAUCCCCACUUUGCAGAAUUGUAAAGAUACUCAUCUCAUCUGUAGAAGAUCUUAUGAUUGGAUCUCUUUCAAAACAUCCAUUGAGUGAGGAUUCACAUCCAGGUAUAAUUAGAGGCCGUUGAAGGGUAUCUAAGGGCCAUGGUGGGCCAUGCGGUUGAAAGCAUUAUCUUGAAGAAUUUCUGAUAAUACCUUCUCAGUAGAAUUUUUUUACCUUUAGAGAUAAAGAAUGAAAACAUAUUAACAAACAACCGGGCAUAAACAAAACAACAC